CCGAGGGAGCCUGAAAGCAACUGCAGUUAGUGGCCGCGGCGCUGUGAGCUGAUCUUUGUGCGAACGAAGCAGCGCAGCAGUCGUAGUUAGCAACCGACAGCAAACACACUCGGAGACGGCGGCGGGACACCGAUUUUGGGACUGAAAAACAACUCAUCCGGCGAUUACAAAGUGACUGGGACUGCCUUAAAAUGGUCAUCUGGUGAAGACUUCCGAAGCUUUUAGGUGGAGGAGUGGCAGACAGCGCCACCCAGGCGUGCAGAGUGGGACCCCUUCCCGUCUCACAUAACCGACGACCAGCUUCCCGAGGCCGCCACCAUCGUCCCCAGAUGGACUCCAGACUCUGAGAAAAGAGCGAGGCAGUCGGGACCGAAAUCAAGCGAAGGAGAGGAGGCGCAGGGGGAGGAGCACACGCUCGCUGGAGCAGGAAAGGGAGGGCAUUGGUAGGGAGCGGAGAGGACACUGGGCUCCACCACGAUGUCGUCAAAUAGGACCCAGAACCCACACGGACUGAAACAGAUAGGCCUGGACCAGAUAUGGGACGACCUGCGGGCUGGCAUCCAGCAGGUGUACACGCGGCAAAGCAUGGCCAAGUCACGCUACAUGGAACUCUACACACAUGUAUAUAACUAUUGCACCAGCGUCCACCAGUCCAGCCAGGGCCGGGGCUCCGUGCCUCCAGCAAAGCCCUCCAAAAAGUCCACCACUCCAGGCGGGGCUCAGUUCGUAGGCCUGGAGCUCUACAAGCGGCUCAAGGAGUUCCUGAAGAACUACCUGACGAGCCUACUCAAGGAUGGCGAGGAUCUGAUGGACGAGUGCGUGUUGAAGUUUUACACCCAGCAGUGGGAGGACUACCGCUUCUCCAGUAAGGUCCUUAACGGGAUCUGCGCCUACCUCAACCGCCACUGGGUCAGACGAGAGUGUGACGAGGGACGCAAGGGCAUCUACGAGAUAUACUCGCUGGCACUCGUGACCUGGAGGGAGUGUUUAUUCCGACCCCUCAACAAACAGGUAACAAACGCCGUUCUGAAGCUGAUAGAGAGAGAGAGGAACGGUGAGACCAUCAACACCCGGCUCAUCAGUGGUGUUGUCCAGUCUUAUGUCGAGCUGGGCCUGAACGAGGAGGACGCCUUCGCCAAAGGCCCCACGCUGUCCGUGUACAAAGAGUACUUUGAAUGUCAGUUCCUCACUGACACAGAACGUUUCUACACGCGUGAGAGCACAGAGUUCCUGCAGCAGAACCCCGUCACAGAGUACAUGAAGAAGGCGGAGGCCCGUCUCCUGGAGGAGCAGCGGCGUGUGCAGGUUUACCUCCAUGAAUCCACCCAGGACGAACUGGCCCGAAAGUGUGAGCAAGUCCUGAUCGAGAAGCACCUGGAGAUCUUCCACACAGAGUUUCAGAACCUGCUGGACGCUGACAAGAACGAAGACCUGGGCAGGAUGUACAACCUGGUGUCGCGGAUCACAGACGGUCUGGGUGAGCUGAAGAAGCUUCUAGAGACCCACAUCCACAACCAGGGCCUGGCCGCCAUUGAGAAGUGCGGCGAGGCAGCGCUCAACGACCCCAAAGUGUACGUGCAGACCACCCUGGACGUCCAUAAGAAGUACAACGCUUUGGUCAUGUCUGCCUUCAACAACGACGCCGGCUUCGUGGCCGCACUCGACAAGGCGUGUGGUCGGUUCAUCAACAACAACGCCGUCACCAGGAUGGCUCAGUCGUCCAGCAAGUCUCCCGAGCUGCUGGCCAGAUACUGCGACUCUUUACUGAAGAAGAGCUCCAAAAACCCAGAGGAGGCUGAACUGGAGGACACUCUGAACCAAGUGAUGGUUGUGUUCAAGUACAUCGAGGACAAAGACGUUUUCCAGAAGUUUUACGCCAAGAUGCUGGCCAAACGCCUGGUCCACCAGAACAGCGCCAGCGACGACGCCGAGGCCAGCAUGAUCUCCAAACUCAAGCAAGCGUGCGGCUUUGAGUACACGUCCAAACUGCAGCGAAUGUUCCAGGACAUCGGAGUCAGUAAGGACCUGAACGAGCAGUUCAAGAAGCACCUGACCAACUCUGAGCCGCUGGACUUGGACUUCAGCAUCCAGGUUCUGAGCUCCGGCUCUUGGCCUUUCCAGCAGUCCUGCACCUUCGCUCUGCCCUCAGAGCUGGAGCGGAGCUAUCAGCGCUUCACGGCGUUCUACGCCAGCAGGCACAGCGGCAGGAAGCUGACCUGGCUGUAUCACCUGUCCAAAGGAGAGCUGGUCACCAACUGCUUCAAGAACAGGUACGCGUGCAGUCUGUGAGCGCACAGGUAGGGGGCGCUGUGGCG